UCUUUCUUUUUGAACAAUGAAAAAAUUCUUUACAUGUAUGUUUUGAAGACCUAAAAAAACCCUAGUAAUUACGAUAUCUAGUUGCUAUGGACGCCAAAGUAGAACCGCCGCAGAAAAAGAAAAUUACGAUAUCUCCGUCACCUCCAUCGUUUUCAUCACUUCCAGAUGAACUAGUUCUACAUUGCUUAGCUCGGAUCUCGAAAUCUUACUACCGUUCCCUCUCUUUAGUCUCUAAGAGCUUCUACUCUCUCCUCACUUCUCCGGACAUUUACGCGUUUCGAUCCCAAAUCGGAACCACAGAGCCUUGCCUCUACAUAUGCCUUAAAUCACCCACUUGUCGUCAUAGCUGGAUCACUCUUGAUGAAACCCUAAUCACCAACGGCGGCGAGAUUAAGGAUGAGUUAAGUUUAGAAAUGGUAAAACUACCUUCCUCCCAUUCUCCUACUCGAUUAAACUCGACCACUGUAGCUGCCGGGUCGGAAAUCUACCAAAUUGGCGGAAUAAACAAGACCAAACGAUCCAGAGCCGUUAUUAGUGUGCUUGAUUGUUGUAGUCACAAGUGGCGUCGUGCUCCUAACAUGAGGUUACCAAGGGUAGACGCCAAGUCUUGGUUCUUAGAUGGGAAGAUAUAUGUAAUGGGAGGAUGCAGAAAAAGAGAGGAAUCCAUGAAUUGGGGUGAGGUUUUAGACCUAAAAACUCAGACUUGGAAGCCAUUGCCUUGCCCUAGUGACAAUGGCGUCGAUUUCAAUCACAAGGAAAACGUUGCAGUUUUGAGAGGAAGGCUAUACGUUACCACCAAGGAUAAGAACUAUGUAUAUGAUCCAAAAGAAGGAAGAUGGAAGGAAACAUUAGAGCUGGCUUCGGGUAUUUGUUUUGGUUUGAGUCUAGAAUCUAUAACUGGACCUUGGUGCCUUGUAGAAAACGUAAUGAUUAAUGAUAAUGGCGGUAGAUACUGGUGGUGGUAUGAGUCAAGUAGUGGAAUGAUUCCGGGUUUGAGUGAUCUGUAUAUGAAGCGUGCUAGUAAUUACCGCACGAUUCAAUUAGUUAACUAUGGUGGGAAACUGUUAAUUAUAUGGCAAGCGACGAUCAACAAGAGAACGACUUGGUAUGCGUUGAAUAGGUUGGAGAAGCGUUUGAGUUCUUUUGAAUGACCCCAGAUUUGGGGUGAGGUUGAGAGGUUCAAUGUUUUUGUCCCCACAAUUCCCAAGUCAUACGAACUCGUGAACUUUUUAUCCGGUUUGAGGUGAAAAAUGUGAUUUGCUUUCGUUAUUUGGUUAAGUUUUCAUUUAAGGCAAUUAUAUUAUAGAUUCUCGUAGUUGUGCUUCUUUAAUUUGGCUACUAUAUCCCUAAAGGAUUUUAUAAGAGAUCCGAUGGUUAUCUCUCAAAGUCAAAUAAUUCAAGAUGACGAUGUUCAUACAUUCUGACACUGUCGAGAAUGUUCUACCGACGCAUCCAGAUUUUCUUCAAGGCAAAACGCUCCUCACCCUAAGCCUCUCAGUCUAAUGUUUGGAGUUAUGAAAACUCUCAUCUACUUUUGUAUUAUGUCAGUUUUACAAAAGAGAAAAAAAAAAACAUUGCAGUUAACAAUAAUUCUGGGAAUGAAAUAGUGAAGAAGGUAGUAUUUUUAGAAAUACAAACAUUUUAUACAAUUAAACUUUUUUAGUUAAAAAUCAAAAGUAUUUACUUAAAACAUUUUUGAAAAAUUGUUAGAAAUGUUUUCUUUCAA